GGUAAUUUUAUCGGUACCGUUUGCAGAUCCAUUUUUUUAACCCACCCGCAGAAGAUCACAUGUUCCUCUUCAAAUUUUCCCUUCCCUGGAACACUCCUGAGUCCUGCCACACUCUUGACCUUCUCUCUAGGUCUGUUUUGCUGGCUCAAGGAGUAUGUAAGUACGAGGCUAAAAUUUCUAUGGAUAGAAGAGGAGUUUUAUCAGAAGAGCUUAGUAGGAAGCUUUGUUUAAUAGGUUUUGUCAUACCAGGCAGAGUUUUAUGAGAAUAAUAAUGUCAUUUCACUCGAAAGCAAUCUCUCUCUCUUCUAUAUCUAUGUCUAAACUCAAAAUCAAGCUCUUGGUGAUCCUUUUCACAGCACUAAGCUUCACAGACCGCUCCGCCACAGCUUCUCCGAGUCACCAUCGAUACAAUAUAGGAGAUCUUGUACCUUUAUAUGUCAACAAAGUGGGGCCCCUCAACAAUCCUAGUGAGACCUACUACUACUAUGACUUGCCAUUCUGCCGCCCAGAUCCAGUAAUCCAGAAGAAGGAAUCCUUUGGUGAGGUCUUGAAUGGUGAUCGUUUGACCAAUGCUUUAUAUGAGUUGAAAUUCCGGGAAAACAUUACUGGGAAGACCCUUUGCCAGAAGAGGCUUAGAGUUCCUGAAGUUGCAAAGUUCAGGGAUGUUGUCAGUGAAGAUUUUUACUUCCAGAUGUAUUUUGAUGAUCUUCCAUUGUGGGGGUUCAUUGGGAAAGUUGAAGAGGAGAGUGAGAUUCUGGGUGAGGAGGGCCCUAAGUAUUAUCUCUUUAAACAUGUUCGGUUUGAUGCUCUUUACAAUGGGGACCGAGUAAUAGAAAUACGUGCAUUUAGUGAUCCUAGUCAUGUUGUGGAGAUAAAAGAAGAUGCUGAAAUUGAUAUUACUUUCACUUAUUCAAUUAUUUGGAAUGAGAGCUCAGCCAAGUUUGAGAACAGGAUGGACAAAUAUACAAGGACUUCAUCAGUGCCAAUUAUCCACCAAACUCAUUGGCUCUCAUUCAUUAAUUCAAUUGUUAUUAUUGUACUCUUGAUGGGAUUGCUUGCCUUGCUUUUAAUGCGGCGUCUCAAGAAUGAUAUCAGAAAGUGUGCCGAUGGGGAUGAAGAAGAGGAUAAGGAGGUUGGUUGGAAAUAUGUUCAUGGUGACGUCUUUAGACAUCCUCCCAAUUUGUCCUUGUUUUGUGCUGUCUUGGGCGUGGGUACCCAGCUGCUAACCCUGGUUUUUGUAUUAUUCUUAUUGGCAUUUCUUGGUGUCCUCUAUCCUUACAAUCGUGGAGCUUUGUUCACAUCUCUUGUCUUGAUAUAUUCACUUUCAUCUGUGGUUGGUGGGUACAUUGCUGCUUCUUUCCACAAUCAAUUUGCUGCGACUGGAUGGGAAAGGAGUGUUCGUCUUGUUGGGAUUCUGUAUCUAGGCCCGUUUGUUGUGACAGCAUCUAUUCUUAAUACAGUUGCCAUAUCUUAUGGAGCCAUAGCCGCACUUCCAUUUGGCACCAUUAUAUUGAUUCUUCUUAUGUGUGCAUGCGUUGCUAUUCCAUUACUUGCCUUCGGUGGGGUGAUUGGAUAUCGUUUUAGAUCUGAAUUUCAAGCACCUUGUGCCACAAAGCGAAUCCCCCGAGAGAUUCCACCAUUAGCUUGGUACCGAAAAACAUCUUGUCAAAUGUUUAUUGCAGGCCUUCUAUCUUUGAGUGCAAUUGUCCUUGAGUUACACCACUUAUAUGCAAGCAUGUGGGGCUACAAAAUAUGCACACUUAGCAGCAUUUUAUUUAUCACCUUCAUCAUCGUCAUUCUGCUAACUUCGAUGCUAAGUGUUGGCUUGACAUAUAUUCAGCUCUCUGUGGAAGACCAUGAAUGGUGGUGGAGAUCGGUGUUGUGUGGAGGCUCGCCAGCCAUUUUUAUGUUUGGCUAUAGCAUCUACUUCUAUGCCAGGUCAAAUAUGAACAGUUUCAUGCAGCUGUCCUUCUUCAUUGGCUAUAAUGCUUGUAUGUGCUAUGCAUUCUUCCUGAUUCUGGGUACAAUCAGUUUUCGCACUUCCUUAAUGUUUGUUCGUCAUAUGUACCAAGCUGUUAAGAGCGAAUGAAUAUGCUUUUCUGCAUUCAAGUGA